AUCUGUAUUUGCUCUGCUUAGUGGUUUAUUAAUCCUGGAUAUUAUACAUGCCUGGUUUAUAAACAACAAAACAAGGACCCAUCCACUUUGGUUGAAAGCCACUAGAUGCUUCUGGGGAUUUUAAUGAUUACCAAAUCCCAAAUGAAGGCCAUGCUCUAUCUUUUCUUGUUACUGUUCGGUCUGCUGUUCCGCUGUUAUCACCUCUCGGAACCUGAUGAUGUCCAUGGUAAUGAUCGAAAUACAAAUUCCACUAACCAACAGCAACAUUCCACUUUGGAACGAGAAUGUAACACUGAAGUCAGUGCUCUGCACAAGAUAGUCCCUUAUAAUGCUGACUUUGCAUUCCGAUUGUACAAACAAAUGUCUUCUGAUUCAGAUGACAAAAAUAUUUUCUUCUCUCCUGUGAGCAUCUCCACAGCCUUUGCCAUGCUGGCCCUCGGAGCUAAGUCUCAAACCCAGACUCAGAUUUACAAUGCCCUUGCUUUCAACCUGUCAGAGAUUGAAGAAAAUGAGAUACAUAAAGGGUUUUGCCAACUUAUCCACAAGCUUAACCUUCCAAGAGAGGAAAUACUUACAAAAAUUGGGAAUGCUUUGUUCUUAGAUGAGUCAUUGAAAGUUCUCCCUACAUUUCUGGAAGACGUCAAAACCUUGUAUCAGGCUGAAACCUUUUCUACGAAUUUCUUGAAACCUAUAGAAGCAAAACAGCAGGUCAAUGAUUACUUAAAGAACAGAACUUAUGGAGAAAUGAUCAACAAACCCCGUGACUUCAGUAUACACACGGUCAUGGUCCUCGUGAAUUAUGUCUUCUUCAAAGAUUUCUGGAGAGUACAGUUUCAUCCUAUAUUAACCACUGAAAAACCUUUUAUUGCCUAUGGAAACACAACCAUUAAAAAAAACUUUAUGUGCCAACGCACCAGGAUAAAAUUUCUGCACGAUGAAGAUCUUUCUUGCUCGGUAGUGGAAAUACCCUUUUCAAGAAAUGCUGUAGCAUGGUUCAUCCUGCCAGACGAAGGGAAACUAAAAGAUGUAGAAAGGUCUUUGGUAAAAGAAGACAUCAAUAAAUGGAGAGCUUCUUUUCAGUACAGAGAAAUAGAAGUAUGGAUUCCAAAAUUUUCCCUUUCUGCAUCCUACGACUUCAAAAGCUCCUUGCAGAGACUAGGCAUGGCAGAUGUCUUUAAUCAUCGCGCUGAUCUAUCCGGGAUUACAGGAAAACGUAAUCUGAGGGUUUCUCAGAUUAUUCAUGAAGCUGUGCUAGUUGUUCAUGAGGAUGACACUAUGAUGGGUCAUGGUUCCCCUGGAGACCCGUUGUUUCGUUCUCUCCCUCCCCUUCCACCACCUCAUUGCAUCAUCUUCAGCAGACCCUUUCUGAUGUUUAUCAUUGAUAUGUCAACAGGAACAAUUUUCUUAAUGGCAAAAAUUGUGAACCCAACCCAUGAAUAAGAAUAAGUUAAAGAAUGUUUAGGCUCCAUUUUAUGAAAUCUUGUUCUGAGCAUACAUUCAAAGCUAAUGAGCACAUGUAAACAAGUAGAAAGCCUUGCUCCAAGUGUCAAAAUUCUUUCCCUGAGAUAUCUUGCAGGUCACAUCAUUCUCUAGUAGUAUGAGACAGGUCACUGAGCAAAGUAUAAAUAUUUUUUCUAUUUUGUUUAUUCUAAUUAAAUAAGAUUUCAACCUUGAAUGAAUCCCUCCUUUCCAAGGAAUAGAUCAGAUACAUGGGUCCAGCUUCUCAAAUGUUUGUAUAAUUCAUUUGUCACUCAAGCUUGUCAGAUGUCAUGUUCUCUGGGGCUGAUUCCGCACAUGUUGGAUAAUGCACUUUCAAUGUACUUUAGCUAUCGUUUCGAAGUGGAUUUUUUGUUUCACACUCGAAAAAUUCAGUUCCAAAUGAUGUCUAAAGAGGAUUGGAAGUGCAGUAUCCAAUGUGUGCGGAAUCAGCCUGGGAAAAUGCAUCAUUCUGCAUCAUUCUGACAAGGUGUAGGCAUCAUUUGUACAGGGUUUCAUCCUAACUUCUGAUCUUGUAUUCGGUAAACAAAUAGCAAUUAUUCUGUAAACAAUCAGGAGUGACGGGUAUAUAAAGCCCUCCAAUGCUACUGGCCUUUACAAAUGUCUCCCCAAAAUGGAGAGUGGGUCAUGGGAUUAUUAAAUAAAUAAUAAAAACAUUUUUUCUUCUAUAAUCACCAUGUUUGGUGUCUUGAAAUAUAUGUGGGUAAGUGGAAGUAGGGGAUUUAUCAAUUGGCAAAAAUUCCCCUAUCGCAUCACCAGUCAGAGGAUGGCAUUUACAGCCAUUAAGGGCUAUUGAAAAACUGAUGAUGAUAUUUGCAUACUCUUGUAUGGGCAUCAAUGGAACCCAAGUGUUUGUGUAAUAAAAUUAUUUUAAAGCA